ACGGCAGCGUAGUGGCUAACCAGUCCGGCGGCUUGUUCAGCGCUGUCUAGUCGAUCCUGUCAACAACGCUUGCAACCUGAGACGGGAUAGCCGCCAGCCCGUUGGCUAGCUAAGUGAACCUGCUAACUUAGCUACCCUUCUAGCCCCUGCAAAAGUCAGAUGUCACACUUCGUAAAUGCUUUGCUAGUUAACCGAAACCGCUGCGCUUGAAGUUGUUCGCACCAUCAAAGAGGCAGCACGGACUUUCCCAUCUUGACUCCUUCAGCUCCUUCCUCCCAAGGGAUAUGACUCUGCUGCUUGAUUCGAACAGUAGCCAGAGCUCCACAGCAGACGGUUGACGACUGGUCAGUUGAAGACCAUGGCUGCUCAGGUGGAGGUUCAGACUGGGGAGGUAGGGAGGCCUGUGGCGGGAGGACGACUUCACCUCAGUCCCCUGACCGACUCCAGCAACAAGACGGUCGAGACUCCCCAGAUCACUCAAUCCCAUAUCAUCACUCCAGAACCCAGCAAACCUGCACCAGGCCCCAAGCCGCGACUCACUCCCAAACCUUUUGCUGUGGAAAAAAACCCCACUAUUAAGCCCAUUCUUGCUCCUAAGCCCCAGCCCAAGCCUCGACCAGAGUCCACUCGCCCUGCGGGAUCCAGACUAGAGUUUCCAGGCAGUUCAAAACCACAGCAACCAGUCCCCACUGGAAAGCCUAAACUGGUGUCAACCAACCCCAAUCGUCCUGCCCCUACCACCUUUAAAACAUCAAAUAACUGGAACACUGGCCAAACAAUUAAACCAGCAGUCCAGCCUUUUAAACCUGUCACUAUUUUGGAUGCUGAAGAGCUCAGUAAACCAACUCCUCCUGUACCAGCAAUAAGGAAAAACACUGGUCCAAGAAGCUUGGCCUACUCUAAGAGUCUUAAAAAAUUUCCUGUGGCAGAGUGGCCUAGAACCACUAAAAGGGAAGAUGAGAAGGUCAGGGGGACAGGCAACGGUGGGGCCCCCAUGACCAGAGCCAAGUCCAUGGGUUCUCUCAAUCAGGUAGGCCAGGAGGAGGAGGAAGAAAAGGAAAAAGCUGUUGCCUCCGUGCCACUGCGACCUCAAACCAGAACCUCUCGACCCAGACCUGUGUCAGCCCUUUUUCUCGAUAAUCCAAGCAAGACUGAGACACCAGUUCCUGCUCCUCGCAGGGGUGGGAGGCGACCGCUUUCGGCUGAUCUCACAUCCAAGUUUGAGUCUAUUGGUCUUUCACUGCACCGUAAAUCUCCUAAGGCAAACGCCAAAGAGGACGCUCCAGAGGAGGAGACCCUGUCUGAGACAAAAACAUGUCCUGAUGAUGCAUCUAACUCCUUCACCCCUGCUGACCAAAGUGAUAUAAACACAGGAAAAACGACGGUGAAAGACACUGAGAACAAGCAUGGAGGCAGCAUCAAAUCCCGCAUCAGUCUCCUCCUCGAUUCGUCCUCCUGUCCUUCAGCAGGUGCCGCAGGCCAAGGGUCGGACCUCAACUCUCCAGUCCAGGUGGCCCCUGAACCCGAACCACCAGUAGGUGUUAAACGGCUCAUAAAGCAGCUGACAGAGGAUGUAUUACCAACUCCGAGUCCCAUAAUGAAACCAGCGCUGAAGCCCCGCCCCUUGCCCUUAGACCUAACUAAAAGGUUUUCAACUGAGCGGUCACCAGACCUUGGCAGUACCUCCCUCAGUGAGGCAAUAGACCGCCAUGAGAUCAGCAAAGAUCCUCAGUGGAUGACUGAAGCUUCACCAGCAUCUCACAGCGAUCAGUGGAUCAUGGAUUUAACGGACUCCCGAGAGCAGCUGAAGUGGGCCUCAACACCUGAAUCAAUGCGGACGUUUACUCCUGAGGAAAGUGGUCCAGCCGCUGAACUCCAGACAGUCAGAGCAUCUCUGUUUGAAAAUGUUGUGGAGAGGCACAGCGUGCUUGUGGUGGACGACGCUAAACCCGCGAAGAAGGAUUUUCUCAGCAGCUCAUCGUUUAAAAGAAAAAGCAGCGAGGAUGAUGGAACUCUACUCACCGCCACCUAUAAGGAACCUGCCGCUCCAUCCGGUCCUCUGUGCGUGGUACAUGCCUUUGACUCAGUGCAGGCAGUUGUGAGCGAGGCAGUAAGCGAGAACAUCCCAGCAGCUCAGUGGGAGGACAAAGCCAUGACACUGCGCUCCAGGCGCUCAGAGGGGAGCAGAAAUGAAAUGACUGCUUCAGGAUACAGAGACCCAGCAUUGGCUGCCACACCAGAACCGCAUCCACGAUAUCUAAGAGUCGGAGCGUUGCACAAAUGGACCACUACAAGUUUUGACACGCAUGCAGGUAUGAGCAAAGAGACACUACAAGAAGAGAACGUAAAUAAGGACAGAGACAAGCCGAAAGAGGCCGAGAAGGAGGAGGUGCUGGGAGAAACUAAACGUUUGAAAAGACACACAGAAGAGCAGCCAAAACCCAAAGCAACCUAUUUUGCUUUGACAGCACAAAUACAGGACAACGUUUCUCCUGUAGAUUCAGGAGCCACCAAAGGAGGCGGGAUUUCACCAUUUGACCCUAUGAGCUCGCUUCUUGGCAGCUCUCAAGGAAAGAUUCUUUCAGUGAGGAGGAAUCCGUCAUUAGAUGAAGCUCUUGGAAAAACAUUUGCAUCUCAAGAUCAAGUUGAGGACUCGGUGAUGAGGAGUCGCAUGUCACACAAGGAAAUUAGAUCGCCGUCAGAUGGACAGACUGCAGAAGAAAUGAUGGAAGUUGAGAAGAACAUUGAGGCUAAAAUGAAGGAGCUUGAAAGCGAGAAGCCGAGACAACCUGUGCUGGAGCAACAGGCACAAUUUGCAAAAAUGAAGGAGAUCGAGAUGCAACGAGAAUUUGUAAGGCAAAGACAGAAAGAGAGAAAAGAAGACGAAGAGAGAGAGCGAGAAAGACAGAAAGAGAGAGAGAAAGCACGCAAGCAGGAAAAGGAGAGGCAAAGGCAAAGGGAGGAAGAGAGGCAGAGAGAGCUGGACAGGCAGAACCACCUGCUGGAACUCCAACUGGAGAAACAAAAAAGAGAGGAGCUGGAGUUGGAGAGGCAGCGGCUCUUAGAGUUUGAAAAACAAAAGCAGAAGGAAAAGGAGCGGCAGCGGGCCAUGGAGCUGGAGCAGCAGGUGCAGCGAGAACUGGAGAGACAGAGACAGAGGGAUCUGGAAAGGGAAAGACAGAGGAAGGAGUUGGAGAGGCAGUUGGAGUUCGAAAAACAGAAGCAGAAGGAAAAGGAGCGGCAGCAGGCCAUGGAGCUGGAGCAGCAGGUGCAACGAGAGAAACUCGAGAGAGAAAGGGCAGAAAAGCUAAAACAGGCAGCGCUGGAACAGGAAAUGUUAAGACUGAGAGAGAUUGAGAAAGAAAAGGAGAGACAAAUGGAGAUGGAGAAGGAACGUCAGAAGGAGCUGGAGCUGGAGAGGCAGCGAGAACUGGAGAGGCAGCGACAGAAGGCUUUGGAAAGGGAAAGACAGAGGCAGCUGGAUAUCGAGAGGCAGGAGUUGGAAAAUCAGAGGCUGAGACAAGAGGAACUAGAGAAGGAAAGAGAGAGGAAGGAGUUGGAGAGACAGCAACGCUUGGAGUUCGAAAUGCAGAAGCAGAAGGAAAAGGAGCGGCAGCAGGCCAUGGAGCUGGAGCAGAGAGAACGGGAGAAGCUCGAGAGAGAAAGGGCAGAAAAGCUAAAACAGGCAGCGCUGGAACAGGAAAUGUUAAGACUGAGAGAGAUUGAGAAAGAAAAGGAGAGACAAGUGGAGAUGGAGAAGGAACGUCAGAAGGAGCUGGAGCUGGAGAGGCAGCGACAGAAGGCUUUGGAAAGGGACAGACAGAGGCAGCUGGAUAUCGAGAGGCAGGCGUUGGAAAAUCAGAGGCUGAGACAAGAGGAGCUAGAGAAGGAAAGACAGAGGAAGGAGUUGGAGGCAAUGGAGAGAAGAAGGCUUUUAGAGUUUGAAAAGCAAAGACAGGCAGAGGAGCUUGAGCGCAGAUUGAGGGAGGAGGCGGAGAAACUGAGGCAGGUUGCCAAGCAGCAGGAGGCAGAGAGGAGGCGCAUGAGGGAGAAGCAGGAGAGGAGGUCGGAGUCGUCGCCUCUGAGGCCUAAAGUUAUGGAUCCAGACGCUCCGCUCCGAAACGAGCCCCAGGCUGCUCCUCAGCGCAGCGACCCGUCAACCCGAUGGAAGGAGCCUUCUCCCAGAGCCGACGAGCCCUACAAACCUGCCAUCCUCGACAUAGACUCCUUCCCAUCACAAACCCAGCUCCCUCCCAGUAAAGACCCGUUUGCCCUUUCUAACGUUCAGAGCGUGGACUCCGCCUUGGGAAGCAAAUCACAGCACACGCCCGAGAGAGACGUUAGCUGGAAGGUGCCACCACCGACCUCGGGCGGUUUCUCAAGCCCCAUAUGGACCCCCCCCCAGGACCCGUGGCAGCUGUGGUCGAAUGAGUUGUCCGUGGACAGACCCACGGCCGAGCCCAGAAAGCCCGCCAGCAGAGUGGGCCCUGAGCAGCUCCUCCUCAGGCAGGAGGAGCUGCAGCCCGCUCCUCAGCGGCGGCCGGCUGUGCCAGAUGAGCUGCUCCUCUUUGACCCCCUCUGUCCGACCAAGACCGGCAGCCCCCCGUCAGCGGGGGCCUCCAGCAGCCUCGCGGCCGAAAUGACCUGGCUCCCGAAAGAGCCGCAACGCCAGGACAGCAGGGCAGAGGUUCCGAAACCCAGGAGAUCGCAGGGGUCUCAGGAUUCAAGGAUGCGGUCUCGCAGCAUGUGUCGCCGGUCGGCUCCAUCGACCAGCGCCUCGGAGGGAAACCUGCCCAGGAUCCGGAGCCGCAGCGCUCACAGAGAGCAGGACCGCCACAGCUGGGUGCAGGAAAAGCAAAGUGACAAAGAUGAGAAGGAGGGAAAAGGCUCUGAAACUCCAGUCCAUGACACCGACAGUCAGUACGGGACCUGGGAGACGGGACUGCGCACUGACGACAGCCUCACGCCUGCCACGCCUACUUCAGACAGCAACCUCAGCCCUUCCCCCAGGAAGCCCCCUUCCUCAGGAGAGCGUGGCUCGCAGUCUGAGACCGACACUCUGGACGGCCUCCUUCCCUCGCCCGCCAACCAGCCGCUGUCCUUCCCUGAUGCUCCCAGCACACUGUUAGACAACAGCGUCCUCCGCACGAGAGCCCAGCUGGCGAAGAAACGGGCCCCACGCACGCGUCCCUCCAGGGCUGCCCGUCAGAGCGCUGCGCUGGCGGGAGAGGGAGGAUCCGGGGACGACUGGCUUUACCGGGACUCCACAGAGGCAAAGGUCGAGAGUAAAAAUGAUGAUUCGGAUUCUGAAGAGCAGAACAAAGAUGCUGACGUCGGCGCUGCUGUUGCCUCUCAGCCACAGAGGGUCGCCCUGUUCCCCGGCGUGGACCCUUCAGCAUUAAAGGCCCAGCUGAGGAAGAGGGGCGACUCCGAUACUCAAACCGAUGGAUCUACUCCCUCUCCCUCCCAGCCCUCUCGCUCGCCCAAGUCACCCUUCCUUCCCCGGGCAGCUCGUGUACUGCCCACACCCGGUGGGAAAGAGAGUGGUGAGGAGGACUCACCCCAGUGGCUGAAAGAGCUGAAGUCCAAGAAGCGCUUGAGUCAAUAUGAAAGUGAAAGCUAGGUUAAUAACAAGAUUGCCUUAAAAGGAUGAAUCUGAAUGAAACAGAAGCCUUAAUGUUUGACCCAGAGCGUGAAGAGAGGUCAAUCUACAGCUGCUGAUGGAUAUUCUUUUAUUUUUUAUUUCCUUCUACCCAUCUGGGUCGAUUUAAAGUGCAUGGUGCCUUUUAUGUGGACAGUCUCUGUCUCAUGGAAAAAGAGAACAAGCCACCAGGAAAAAAAAAUCAUCAGGCUGCUCUGCUUUAUUCAUUUCAUGCUUGAACCUGUUGGAGCUCUCCUGCACCAGGAGGGACUUCACACGAACACUUUAAUGGGGACCAGAGGACGUAGAGGGGAGGAAAAGGCAAAUGGCAGCUUUUGGUGUUUAUUUCCUGUCAAGCUGCAUUUCAGGACAUGGUGAACUAGUGGGAUUAGUCGCCUGCUGGAGGACAAUCCAAGCAAUCCUCUGCAAAAUGUUUGUAUUUGGUUUCCCUGUGUCACUGUGUAUGUGUGCGGAGGUCAUCAUGGGGGUCAAUGCCAUAGGAUGGUGUUUCAGACACUAAUGAUGUUUGAAUGUGGAGAACAAAUAACCACUGACUUGACUGACAGUGGACUCUAUAUGAUGUUAGUAGUUGCAAUCAAGAGAUGUUAUAUUUGUAUUAACCUGUGAUUCAAAAAGGGCAGAGACAGUUUUGAAAACUUUAUGAUGCAUCAGUAGAGUAGAGGCUCCACCGCCAGCGGUCUCACAGUUACAGCAUACUAUACUGUAUGUGCCUGUGUCUAAAUGUGUUUGUGUUUUUGGUAAAUCGUCGGGGGCUCUAUAUUUAAACUUUGCAUCGGUCAAUCAUGCACACUCCUACUCAGCACAAGUGUUUUAUGAAAACAAUAAUAAGACUGUCUUCCCGACUUUCAAUAGGUUGAAUGAGUAUAGCCGCCAGCAUCCAUAAUAAGAUACACAAUGAUUGUGCACUUUCCCCUUGUAUCUUGUCCCACUAACGUGCAGGCACAAUCUCCACUCAGCGGGUCAGGGGUUCCUGCAGCCGGGGGACGCUGUGAUCACGGUCCUGUUGAGACUCUGCCCUUUACUUUACGAAACAAAUCAGGCUGCCUGCAGCAGCUUCUACAGUCCAUCUGCAGCGUUCCCGCUCAUGUUUACCAUAACUCACUCACUCACUGUUUCUAUACAGCACUUUGUCACUUGAUGCACUACAGCACUGACCUCUGCCCCCAUUUUUUUGGCCGUCUUGUCUCCUGUAUUAUCGGUCUGUUAUAUAUGUGGAUGUUUUACUUCGUCAUGUAAUUCGAGGGUUUAUUUUUAUGUCUUUCUUUUGACCUUUUUUUAAUUUGAAAGUCCAGAUGUAUAUCGCACUGUGUUUUGCUGGCCAGUGUGUCCAAAAGUGAAUAUAAAAUUCUUAAUAAAAUGUACCUGACUUGA